CCUCACCUGUCCUCAAUGCCUUUCACAGUGUUUGGCUUGCAGAACAAUCUGGCCCCCAGCUCAUCUGCUCUGUCCCACGGUACUGCCAUCGCCUCCACAGCAUAUGGUGUGAAGAAAGACAUGCCCCAGAGCCCUACCGUUGUGAGCACCGGCGUGUCCACCUCUCAGGCCUGUACCACAAGCGUCCAGAAUGAUGACCUCUUGCACAAGGACUGUAAAUUCCUGAUCCUGGAGAAAGACAGUGCACCUGCCAAGAAGGAGAUGGAGCUGCUGAUCAUGACCAAGUACAGUGGGAAGGUCUUUACUGCCUCCCCCGCCAGCAUCACUGCAACUUCUUUUUCAGAGGACGCUCUAAGGAAAGAAAAGCAAGCUGCCUCCGCUGCUGACACCUGCCUAGUAGCAGAAGCUAAUGGAGACGUGAAGACUGUGCUCAAGGGCAAUGCUGCUUCCGCAGUGGGUGAGAGCAAUGGUCCCGGGGACAAAGGGCUGCUCCUGCUGAAUGGAACACACCUGGCCCGUUCGCCAGGCACUAGUGAACACAUGAGCCACCCAACUCUAAACAGUUUCCCCGAAGGCUCCAGGGGAGCCUGGUGGGGGGCAGGCUGGGGGCUGGAGCUCACAGGCCAUGCCACUCCUGCUGGACACCCACUGCCCACCCUCAGGUCCACGGUUUCCCAAACAUGGCCGGGGCGACACACCCGGGCUGCUGUGGUGUCUAGCAGCAGACUCCGCCGGCCUUCGCUCCAGGGCCCUAUGUUCCCUGCAGGAGCUAGCUUCAUGUUCCACAGAGCUGCCAGCCCCACUCACACUCACUUGGGCUGCUGGGAAGUCACCAAAAGCCAGAGAAUUUUGAGGGAAGAGGGGGGAUGUCGGGGCACGUGGGUGGCGGUGCCAGCCUGGUGCCCCUGCGGCUCCUGCUGCAGCUGGUGGAAAUGGAUGCUAGGCUUGCUGCUCACCUGGCUGCUGCUCUUGGGGCUGCUCUUCGGCCUCAUUGCUCUGGCGGAGGAGGUGAGGAAGCUGAAAGCACGUGUGGAUGAGCUGGAGAGACUCAGGAGUGGUGCAGGAUUCCACAAGGAGGCCAUGGAGAGGAGCAGCAAGGACCAGCUGCUGUACAUGGACAGAUCCGGUCUCGACAGCAGCGGUCAGGAGGCGCUCUGGCUUUUUGUGAGAAACAAGCUGAUGACAGAACAAGAAAACGGGAAUCUCCGAGGAAGCCCUGGCCCUAAAGGUGACAUGGGAAGUCAAGGCCCUAAAAGAGAUCGAGGGUUCCCUGGGACUCCAGGUAUUCCUGGGCCCUUGUGCCACCCAGGUAAGGAAGGACCAAAGGGACAAAAAGGCAGUGUGGGAGAGCCUGGCAUGGAGGGACCCAUGGGCCAGAGAGGGCGGGAAGGCCCCAUGGGACCUCGCGGAGAACCAGGGCCUCCUGGGUUUGGAGAGAAAGGAGACAGAGGGGCUGCUGGUGAACCAGGUACUCGGGGCCCACCUGGAGUCCCAGGUUCUGUGGGUGCCAAAGGUUCCAGCUGCUCUCCUGGCCCACAGGGUCCCCCAGGUGCCAUUGGCCUCCAAGGAAUCCAAGGGGAAGUAGGACUCCCUGGUGUCAAAGGUGACAAAGGACCUGUGGGGCCACCAGGGCCCAAAGGUGACCUGGGCGAGAAAGGAUCCCGAGACCUCAUAGGCCAGUCUGGCGCUAGAGGUUUGCCCUGUGCUGUGAGCGAGCCUGGAGCUAAAGGAGCCACGGGACCCGCGGGUCCCGAUGGAUGCCAAGGCCCAAGAGGUGAACAAGGUCCUCCAGGAAUGCCUGGAACCGGGGGCCUACAAGGACCUUCUGGAGAUCCCAGGAAGCUAGGUCUCACAGGACUCCAAGGCCCACCAGGACUUCCUGGUACUCCUGGACGACCAGGAACUAAAGGUGAACCAGGAACUCCAGGCAGCAUCGUGACUUCAGAGGGAUCAUCAGCUAUCACUGCCCCAGGACCCCCAGGACCUCCUGGAGCCAUGGGACCCCAAGGCCCCCCAGGUGCCCCAGCUUAUGGAGCCAUACCAGGACCCCCUGGGCAGAAGGGAGAGGUGGGCAUCCCAGGACCCAAAGGAGACAGGGGCCCUGCUAGACUACCAGGAGGGCCUGAGCCGCCCAGCCCUGGAGGGCACAAGGGAGAAAGAGGAGACAAAGGGCCUGCCGUUCGGGGGCGUGGCCACGCAGCCGCCGUCCGUCCGGCGCGGUUCUCGUCCCGGCGACGGCGGCGGCUCCUCCUGGACCCGUGGUGGCGCGGCCGGGGACUCCGAGCCUCAGCAGCGAGGAUGAGGAUGCAAGUAAAUUUGUAUUUGUGGUAAUAAAAAAUGAUGGUUCCCACAAUGAGAUAUUACCUCACACCAGUAAGGAUCGCAAUCAUCGAAAAGACAAAUAACAACAAAUGUUGACGAUGUUGUGAAGAAAGGGGAACCCGCCUACUCUGCUGGUGGGAAUGUAAAUUAAUUCAACCAUUGUGGAAAGCUGUAUGGAGGUUCCUCAAAAAGCUGAAAAUACACAUACCAUUGGCCCAGGAAUUCCACUUCUAGGAAUUUACCCUAAGAAUGCAGCAGCCUAGUUUGAAAAAGACAGGUGCACCCCUAUGUUUAUUGCAGCACUAUUUACAAUAGCCAAGAAAUGGAAGCAACCUAAGUGUCCAUCAGUAGAUGAAUGGAUAAAGAAGAUGUGGUACAUAUACACAAUGGAAUAUUAUUCAGCCAUAAGAAGAAAACAAAUCCUACCAUUUGCAACAACAUGGAUGGAGAUAGAGGGUAUUAUGCUCAGUGAAAGAAGCCAGGCAGAGAAAGACAAGUACCAAAUGAUUUCACUCAUAUGUGGAAUAUAAGAACAAAGGAAAAACUGAAGGAACAAAACAGCAGCAGAAUCGCAGAACCCAAGAAAGGACUAACAGUUACCAAAGGGAAAGGGACUGGUUGUGAAGAUGAGAAAAGAAGUGAAGAGAAUCUGAGUUUUUAUCUGAAAAGUUGUCAGGAGUGUGAGCAGACUGGAGUCAAGAAAGUUAGUCUCUUAAACUAAUGGUCCUGGGACUAAUAAAAUGUGAAAAGUUGUUUUUAUUCAGUAUUUACGGAAGUGAAGGUUGGGACCUUGAGGAAUAAUUAAAUACCGUACUCAUGCAGCACUUUGUUUUAUAUGUGGAAAAGAUGUGAGAUAAAAUGUGCUGUGUCAGCAUAUCAUUAUAUGGUUUGGACCUUAUUUACUUUAAAAUAUGUAAUGAAUUCUUCUGAUUUUUUCCCAAACUCUCCUUUCCACAGUUUUGGAAUAAAAGCCCUUUGGGGUUGUUUAUGUGUUUUAUAUUAUUGGAAGUUACUUUAAGAUGUUGCUAUAGUUUAACAAAUGUACUAAUGCUUUGGAUCCUUUACAAAGAUUUUAUAUCACUUUAUUCCGUGAAUUGGUGAUUAAUUUGAAAUUCUCAGUGUCUUGUGGAAGUGCUUAUGAAAACAAUGUGUUCCUAAUAUUUUUGAAAAUGUACUUUGUAAUUUUAGUUUCAGUAGUAGUAGAGGAAAAAUAUGCUAUUUAUAGUUUUUAUGCUUUAAGAUGUGAUUUAUUCCUGAUUAAUUUCUUGUUCCUUCUUAAUAAAUAUUUCAGAAGAUAGCCUUGCUCUCUGGUAUAGUCAGAUUUUUUACUUAGAUAUUCCAUUAACUCCAGAGAACAAGUUUUCAUUUAAUAAAAUUUAAUUCAACCUUUAAUUAUAGCUUAUGAAAUUUGUUUUAUGUUAAAACCAAGUGUUAUCAAUCUGUUAAUUAAAAAAUAUUAUUUGGCCAUCCUAUUAAGUAAUAGAAGGCAAACUUAAUGUUAAUAGUCAUUAAUAUAAAGGUGGGACAAUGCUUCUUUUUGCCAAAAACUUGAGUUUGUUGAUGGAAUUGAGUUUGUUGAGGACAGUACAGGAUGACAGAGUGUUAUUUAGAGAUUUAUUAUGCCUUUUAAAAUAAAUGAAGAAAUUUUUCAUUUGAUAUGAUAAGAGAAAUGCUUUUCUUGGCUACAUAUUGUAUUAUCUGCAUGGGCACUGAAGAUGCACUGUUAAAAAACCAAAGAUGAGCACAAUGAUUGCUUGAAGAAAUCUGUGCCAUAAAGGUAAGGACUUAUUACAUGGUUGUGUGCAUAUGUGUGUUGGAUCCAUGUCUCCUGUCAGCCUGCACUUUGUGGGUAUGCAUGGGGUAGGGGUAAGUGGUGUUAUUUACAUGAGUAUUAGUUGGAGUUGACUAAGACUUACUUAUAUGGGUCUGUUUGUUGCAGAAUGUAGCACAUUUAGAAAAUUGUAAUGUUUAAGCUUGCAUUUUUUCAUGUUUUUUCUGGAAUUUGUUCAAGUGCUAGACUAAUUUGAGCCAAACCAUGCCAAACUAAACUCAUCUAUGUUUAAUGAUGCCUCAUGCCUAAGGUUUUUGUUUUUACUGUAAUGUUAGCCAUAAAGUCUAAGAAGUUCAAGCAUUGAAUGUUCAUGCUGUUUGGUAAUGUGGAUGGUGAUAUUGGAGGCUGACAUCAUGCUUUGCCUAUUGCCAACUCAAUACAUUUUUGUGUGGUGGUGUCAGCAUUUUAUUCAGCUCUGUAGGAACUUGAAAUAAAAUUAGUGUUGGAUCAAAAUGAUCCAUGUUUUUGUUCCUUUCAGCCAGACUCUUCACUAGCAUAAUUUUUAGGUCUUCUCACUGCUGUUACUUUGUGGAAACUUUCAUUUACCAAGUGACAUACUAUUAAAUGUCUGAGAGACUGUUUUAUUGCAGAACUUAAACACAACAUUUGAUACCAACAAUUAUCUUAAUUGUAGGGUCAUUUUGCAUGUAUAUUUGACUAUUACGUUUUGGUAUUCCAAGUUUUGAGAUAGAUAAGAAAGCAAGAUAAUUCUCAAAUAAUAUUUUAAUUGAGUUAGAUUAUCAAACUUCUCACCAUGGUUUCCUUUUGAAGAGAUGAAUAAGUGUUUUAUAGGACAAAAUUACCACAGUUAAUCUGAGUGGAAGGUGUAGGACAUGGUUUUUCUUUGGUGUGAGGUAUGUUUUUUGUGAGGUAUUUUCAUUUGUUUUAUUUUCACAAUACUGCUGAAUUCAUGGAAUUCAUUUGAUGCAUAAUUCUCAAAGCUCCAACCCCCUUCUUAUCCAUUCAUUCAGUAACAAUACCCUAUAUUUGACUUCUGAUUAUCAUUUGUGUCAAUUUGGGUUACACAUUAUUUAGGCUUUGUUGUAUACUGUCUUUUUCCCUAUGAAAUUCCGAUAGAAAUGAAGUCUCC